AUGCAUUCCACUUCGGAGACCUCUAUCCAUUUGCAUACAUUCCCCUUUCGAGACCUCUAUCCAUUUGCACACACUUCUUUUCAGAGACCGCUAUCCAUUUCCAGACAUUCCCUUUCAGAGACCUACAGGUAUCCAUUUCCAUACAUUCUCCUUCGGAGACCUCUAACAAUUUGCAAACAUUCCUCUUCGGAGACCACUAUCCAUUUGCAAACAUUCCUCUUCGGUGACCACUAUCCAUUUACAUACAUUCCCCUUCGGAGAGCUCUAUCCAUUUGCCUACAUUCCACUUCGGAGACCACUAUCCAUUUGCAUACAUUCCCCUUCAGAGACCACUAUCCAUUUGCAUACAUUCCUUUUCAGAGACCACUAUCCAAUUCCAUACAUUCCCCUUUGGAGACAUCAAUCCAUUUCCAUACAUUCUCCUUCGGAGACUCUAUCCAUUUGGACGCAUUCCCCUUUGGAGACCUCUUUCCAUUUGCAUACAUUCCCCUUCGGAGACCUCUAUCCAUUUGCAUGCAUUCCCCUUCGGAGACCUCUAUCCAUUUGCAUACAUUCCCCAUUGGAGAACGCUAUCCAUUUCCAUACAUUUCCCUUCGGAUGCCUCUAUCCAUUUCUAUACAUUCCCUUUUGGAGACCUCUAACAAUUUGCACACAUUCCCCAUUGGAGAACGCUAUCCAUUUCCAUACAUUUCCCUUCGGAUGCCUCUAUCCAUUUCUAUACAUUCCCUUUUGGAGACCUCUAACAAUUUGCACACAUUCCCCUUCGGUGACCUCUAUCCAUUUCCGUACAUUCCCUAUUGGAGACAACUAUUCAAUUGCAUACAUUCCUUUUCAGAGACCCCUAUCCAUUUCCAUAAAUUCUCCUUUCGAAACCUCUAUCCAAUUGCUCACAUUCCCCUUCAGAGACCUCUAUCCAUUUACAUACAUUCCCAUGCGGAGACUUCUCUCCAUUUCCAUACAUUCCCCUGCGGAGACCUCUAUCCAUUUGCAUACAUUCCCCAUUGGAGACCGCUAUUUAUUUUCAUACAUUCCCCUUCGUCGACCACUAUCCAUUUGCAUAUAUUCCUUUUCAGAGACCACUAUCCAUUUCCAUACAUCCCCCUUCGAAAACCUCUAUUCAUUUCAAUACAUUCCCCUUUGGAGACCUCUAUCCAUUUGCAUAAAUUCCCCAUUGGAGACCACUAUCCAUUUCCAUACAUUCCCUUUCGGGCACCUCUAUCAAUUUGCAUACAUUCCAAUUUGGAGACCGCUAUCCAUUUCCAUAUAUUCCUCUUCGGAAACUUCUAUCUAUUUGCAUACAUUCUCCAUCGAAGACCUCUAUCCCUAAUGGCUACACCUUCAUUCAAGCGCUUCUUGCUUUUCUCUCUCUGCUUACCAUGA